CCCGUGCCACGCAAGAAAGGAACUCGCAACGGCGGCGGCGGCGGCGGCAACCAAGAUGGCGCUCUCCCGACAUGACGCGAAGCAGGCGGAGCAAGAGGCAACCGUGGUGCUGCGGUGCUUCGACGGCGUGAAGGUCCCCGUGCCGACGGCGCUCGCGCGGCGGCGAUCGGAGCUGGUGGCCGCGGCGGCCGGGGAGCGCGUGGUCGACGUGCCGGGCAACGUGUACGGCCCCGUGGUCGCCAGGGUGGCCGCGUACUGGGAGGGCCGCGCCGCGGCGACGGGCAACGCCGCCGGUGCGGCGUUCGACGCCGCGUUCCUGGCGGGGCUGCGGCACGACGCGCUGGUGGACCUCAUCCACGCCGCGCACCAUCUGGGCGACGCCGCGCUCUUCGACCUCUUCAGGUCCCCUGCCUGAGCGACCAAGAGCUCCGGUCCCCCACCAUCAGAUCAAGAUCCUGUAGUCCAAGUUAAUCGAGUUUCUACAAAGCGGAUUAUAUAUAGUGUUCCAAGCGUCCCCAUUACAUGUUUUUUUUCUUCUUCUGCAUGUAGUAGUAUUUCCCCAAGAGGACGAAAUUUUGAUUACAAUUAUCGCAA